AUGUGAGAGAGGAAACCUCCCAGGCGUUUGUGACUCCCUCCCUCCUCCUCAGAGGCCGGGCGGGCGCCGCCUCCUCCUUCCCUAAUAAAACCUCCCGCCUUGGCCGGGCGAGGCUUGUUCGUAUUCUCCCGCCAUGGGCUUCUAUAGCCCUCUGCCUUUGGCUGCCGCCUUGGCUGCCCUAGCUGCCCUGGGCCUGGCUUGGUGGCGCUGGAGGAGAGUCCCGCGGAGCCGGCCGCCCACGCUGAGGCCCGUGGGCACCGUGUCGGGCCUGUUCGUGUACCCGAUCAAGUCCUGCCGCGGAGUGGCGGUGGAGCGGGCCCAGGUGACCGAGCUGGGCCUCCGCAGCGGCGACCUGCGCGACAGGUGUUGGCUUGUAAUAAAGGAAGAUGGCCACAUGGUGACUGCUCGGCAGGAGCCUCGGCUGGUAUUGAUUUCUAUCACCAAUGAAAAUGGUUGUUUAAAUCUGAGGGCUCCAGAAAUGGAAGAUCUUCAUAUUCCUGCCACUCUGUCAAUCAAAAAUUCUGUGCACAAUUGCAGAAUCUUUGGCACUGAUAUCCAAGGCAGAGAUUGUGGCGAAGAGGCAGCUCAAUGGAUCACAGCCUUCCUGAAAUCAGAAUCAUAUCGUUUGGUUCACUUUGAACCAAACAUGACUCCAAGGAAGUCAAAAGAUUUAGUGGAUCCUUUUCGAUCAAGUGAUAAGAUUGCCUAUCCUGACCUUGGCCCAGUUAUGGUCCUCUCCGAAGCUUCUUUAGAAGACCUAAAUUCCCGACUGGAUAAGAAAGUUCAGAUGCGUAACUUCAGGCCAAACAUUUUGGUCACAGGUUGUGGUCCUCAUGAGGAGGAUACUUGGGAUGAGAUUGUAAUCGGUGAUGUAGAAAUGAAGGGGGCAAUGGCCUGCCCCAGGUGUAUUUUUACUACUAUUGAUCCAGAUACUGGAAUUAUGGACAGAAAAGAGCCUCUUGAAACCUUGAAAAGUUACCGCCUAUGUGAUCCUUCUGAGCAGCAUAUAUACAAGUCACAUCCUCUCUUUGGAUGGUACUUUGGAAUUGACAAAACAGGAACAAUUCAAGUUGGUGACCUCGUGUACAAGAUAAGCUGGUGAUGGAGCUGCCUGCCAAAUGGAAAUUGCAUUUGUAUAUUCUAAAUGCCUUUUUGUGAUAGCUGUGUUGUCUUUUCAAUUGAUAUUUCAUAUUUUGCAGUCAACAGUAUUUUACUGAAAAGUAUUGUUGUACAGAAUGAUAUGAUCUUGAGGGUUUGGAGCAUUGUUAUUGUCACAAUACGCACACUUUUUGUACAUAGUAAUCAGAAACUGGAACAGUCCCCUUUCAGAAUUCAACUGUUCCUUCUUACAAAUAAUAGAAGCUUACCAGGAAUAGAAAGAAAUUGGGCACUAGGAAAUAAGCAAAUCAGCGAUCUUUUUGUUGUUGUUGUUAUCGUCUGGGGCACUUUGGUUCCAGCCUCAUCACUCAGGAAUAAAUAGCACUGUGAUUUGAUUGCACGUGAUGAUUUCAGGUUUUUACAGUAAUGUAUGUACCGCAUCCACACCUUAAUUCAUUGUAUUUUCUUCUGCUCUAUAUAUUACCAUAAUGAACAAAUGCAGUAUCACACAAAGCUCUCUCAAUUUCAAGAUAUAAUUUGUACAUCACUUUAAAUACAUAUUUUUUGCAAUAAAUGCCUCUGUUUAUAAUA